GGAUAACUCGACUGCGUAUUUUAGAAGACCGGAAGUUUAUUAUUCAAAGCCAGGCACACGCGAGCACACUAUAUUAUUAUUUAUCUCAAAGAAGUUGAAGCGGCAUCCGGAUCUUUGAUAUGAGUGGCGGAGUGUACGGAGGAGAUGAGGUGGGAGCUUUGGUGUUUGAUGUCGGAUCCUAUUCUAUACGUGCCGGCUUUGCUGGUGAAGACACACCAAAGGCGGAGAUCCCGAGCCAUGUUGGCCUCAUUGAGGAAGUGGAGGCUGUGGCUUCAAUGGAGACAGAAGAUUCCAAGCCCAGCAUUGCUGAUAAGAAACAUUACAUAGACACAGUCAACCUUAAGGUGGCCCGCAAGGGCAUGGACAUGGUCAGCUUCCUGAAAGAUGGAAUGAUUGAUAAUUGGGACGUUUUUGAAAAAGUUGUUGACUACGCCUAUACAAAACACAUAAAGACCGAGUCCCACUACCAUCCAGUGAUGAUGUCUGAGCCAGCGUGGAACAGCAAGGCAAAGCGAGAAAAAUUGACAGAAUUGAUGUUUGAGAAGUACAACCUCCCUGCGUUUUUCCUGUGUAAAAAUUCAGUCUUAUCAGCUUUUGCCAAUGGUCGUUCAACUGCAUUAAUUCUGGACAGUGGUGCCACACACACAUCGGCAGUUCCAGUGUACGAUGGAUAUGUUCUGCAGCAUGGUAUAGUAAAGUCCCCCUUAGCAGGAGACUUCAUCACAAUAGAAUGCAAGAAACUAAUGGAAGAACUAGACAUUGAAGUUGUGCCGCCUUAUAUGAUCAAGUCUAAGGAAGAAGUGAAAGAGAUGAGUAAGGCUAACUGGCAGAAAAGGGAAGUGCCAAGUGUCACCAAGUCUUUUCACAACUACAUGGUCAAGGAUGUGUUCCAGGACUUUGCUGCAUCAGUUAUACAAGUGUCUGAUACACCCUAUGAUACCAGUACUGCAGAGAGCAUGCCAACAAUGCACUACGAGUUUCCUAAUGGCUACAACCAGGAUUUUGGAGCAGAGAGAUUCCGAGUGUGUGAAGGACUGUUCGACCCUUCAGUUAUAAAGAUGCCAUCAUUUGGCCAUUACGUUUAUCUACGUUGCCCAGCUACAUCUAUGGGGAAGAAGUCACAAGACACUUCCCUCUCAAAAGAUGUCCCGGGGAAUACUAUGCUUGGUGUUGGUCAUGUGGUCACCACUAGCGUUGGCAUGUGUGACAUCGACAUCAGGCCGAGUCUGUACAGCAGUGUGAUAGUUGUGGGAGGUAACACCCUGGUCGGAGGUUUCACAGACAGGCUCAACAGGGACCUCAGCUCCAAGACACCACCAAGCAUGCGUCUGAAGAUCAUUGCUGCAUCCAGUUCAUCAGAGAGGAGGUUUAGCAGUUGGAUUGGAGGAUCAAUAUUAGCAUCUCUGGGCUCCUUCCAGCAGAUGUGGAUCUCCAAGCAAGAGUAUGAUGAAGGGGGCAAAGGUUGUGUGGAGCGGAAAUGUCCCUAGCUAUAACCACAAGAACUGAAGAAACUGAACCAUAACACAUCAUGUUAUAAGCCACUGUCAUCAAGUAUUGUAUCAUUACUCAUUGAAUAAACACAAUAGCUCAUCAAA